CAUCUAUUUCAAGGAAGUUACUUCAUCGUAAUUCUAAAGAGUCAGUUUGAUUUUAUUAGAUUGGGUCUCAAGCGCUGUGUUAUCAGAAAACAGUAGGAGGAGGGAAAUGCAUCAUUGGCAGAAAUAAGAUGGAAAAGUAAACAGUUAACCUCAUCCGUGUGACACUUAAUAGAACUUGGGCUUUGCGGUAGCAUUCCCAUAAUGCACACAAUCUGUUUAGAGAAACACUAGGAUGUAGGUUUUUAGAUUUUUCCAUCUUCGACACUUAGUUACUCCAAUUUUCACUGUUUUGCCUUUUAGCAAUAACAUUUUAACCUUAUUUUCAAAUUUGUCACAGUAUUGAGUAUACCACUUUGGCCUUCUCCAACUAUUUAACCCUUCCUGAAGUUUCCUUGAUCCAUUUCUAUUUCCUCAAUUUGAGACAUUUAUUGGCGGAGGCAGCCUAAGCUUGAUUUAUUUGGUGAUCAACAAAUAUUCAUUUACUACUUGCACAAGGCUAACGUAUUUACAGCCCAACAACACAGCCUUGUGGAUUUGAAGGACGCUCUUUGUUAUGAGAAUAAUGAUCUGAAUUGCGGAAUCACCACUAAAAGUCACCCGGCAGUUCGCAGCUACUUCGUGAUGACGUACGAAGGCAGUAGGGGUACUGACGUCAGACGCAAGGUUGUGCGUGGCUGCCUUGGUAAUACAAUGAGUGGUUUGUGUUAAUGGCGCUUCCUGUGUUUGGGUCUUACAUGGAGUCACAAAGCGAUGAUCACUGGGCCCGGGUGCAUUGGUUCGAAGGGAGCAAGCGGACGGGUUUUAAGGGUAGAAGAUUGUAACCGGGCCGGUCCUGUGGGGCAGAAGAUAAAGUCGGUAUACGAAGUGUAAAGAGGCUGUGCAGAAGGGCGAGGGCUUUGUGCUGCGGGCUGGUGCCUGUGAGAAACUCCUGAAAUUCCUCUUCCAUGGGAUUCAAUUUUAUGCAGCUUGCUAUCAGAUGGGAAUCAGAAGAUCUUGAACUGCCAAGGUCAGGAAAUGGCAAUCAUUGUGAAAUCAGGCUCUCUAGUAACAGCCAAUUGGAUUAACUCUGUGGAAGCCCGGGAAUAUCUGGCUAGCAUUUUACGUAAAAACAAGAGGAAAGUGUUUGGAUUACUUGAGCGGCCAGUGUUCUCUCCACAGUCAGCACCCGAUAUUGCCAGUUACAAGAUCUUUGUGUCUGGGAAGAGUGGUGUUGGGAAAACAGCAGCAAUUGCUAAGUUUGCUGGUGUAGAAAUCCCCAGCCUUCAUCAUGAGACGACAGGAAUUCAGACAAGGACUGUUUAUUGGCCAGGAAAGCUGGUGGAGAGUGGUCGAGUGAUCAUGUUUCGCUUUCAGUUUUGGGAUUGCAGUGAAGCUUCCCUGAAGAAGUUCGACCACAUUCUUGCGGCCUGCAAGGACAAGGCUGAUGCAGUCCUGUUCUUGUUCUCUUUCACUGAUCGAUCAUCAUUUGAUGAUUUACCUAGCCAAAUGUCACGCAUCCUGCAUGAUUCUGAGAAGGUUGUGAAAAUUAUUGUUGGCACUAAAUUUGACCAAUACAUGCACACCGAUGUCACAGAGCGGGAAGUUCGUGCUUUCCAGCAGACAUGGCACCUGCCUGUCUACAAAAUUAAGAGCAUCAAUGGCCCACGGUUGUCAGAUGGAAAAACUCUCGAUGGCAAAGUGGGACUUCUGGAGGUAGAGCACAUACUGAAUGGAAUAGCGGAACAUCUCUGGUACCAAGAUCAAGUGACAGCAGGACUUGCCCCUGCUGUGCACCACCACUGAGAGCCAACAGUCCUUUCUGAGCUCACUGCAGACUCUUGCCUGAUGACAUUCUUAAUCUUUGUUUGUUCACAGGUACUGACUUGUACUUGUUCGACUGAAUAUGUUUGAUUGGCACCACAGCUGCUUUAAUCAGCACUCAGAAUUGUGUGUUAAUUUCCUCCAUUCUGUGAGGCAUUGGCAUUUAAUCAACUUUCUGAGGAAGGAAAGCUAAUUUCAUUUCAAGGUAACAAUGUGACAUCAAACUUAGGCUAUGUCCACACUACACCGGAUAAAUCUGUAACCAAAGUUUUCUCUCUUCGUUUUUACCCUCCGUCAACACUAAAAAGGCGUUUUCGUCCCCCCGAAACCGGAGCUUUUCAGAAACACUUUCCAGGGUGGGUGUUUUUGAAAACGCUGCUCAGGCAGAUCAGUGUGGACGGGACAACCGGAGACUUUUGAAAACGCUGUCAGACGGCAGCGCGCUAUUGCAUUGUUUUCUUGAACACAACCUAACAAUUUCAGAAGAAAUGGCAAUGAGACUGAAGCCAGAAGAGUUGGAAAUGUACUCACCAAAUACUUUGACCCAUAACUUACUGAAUAAAUAAGUAUACUCAC